UGGGCUCUUCCCUGCUUUGUUUCCCACCCGCCGUGGUCUGCCGCCUAUAAAAUUGACGGCCAGCGAACAGGCACUCAAGCGUCCUGUGCUCCAGUCACAGCCAUCAGUAUCCUUCCCUGAGGUGCCACCAAACCCUCAGGAUGAUCUGCUGUAGCUAGGAGGAACUAAAGCAGAAAGGGCAGGCGGCUGUUUUAAGUCCGGUUUGUGGCCGCUCAGCCUCUUAACCCCUGCUCCAGAUACUGCGCCCCUAUCGCGGCUCCUGGCAAAGUGCAACCCACUUUCGUACUGUAAGGCUGGGGGCGGGGUUUGGCUAGGCAGGUCCAGGAUGCGAGAUCCUGGAGGAAAGAAAAGGUGUAGUGUUUGGGGCCAUCAACGGGCUAGGCUGGCUUGGCAGGGCUGGGCUCUUCGGAACAGGUAAUACCCAGGGGGUUGCCUGUUGGUCUGAACCAGACAGAUAAGGCCGAAGGUGAGAUCUCCGGGGGACAGGUGAGGGGGCUGCACAGAAGCAUGGAUUUCAGAACCCCUGACCUGCUGGACAUGUGGCUGGAGUCUCCAGAAGAUGUCUUCUCAACAGGAUCCUCCCUAGAGCUGGGACUCCAUGGUCCACCUUCAGAGGUCCCAGUGACUAGGCUACAGGAACAGGGGCUGCAAGGCUGGGAGUCCAGUGGGGGCCAUGGCUGUGGUCUGCAAGAGAGUGAGCCUGAAGAUUUCCUGAAACUUUUCAUUGAUCCCAAUGAAGUGUACUGCUCAGAAGCAUCUCCUGGCAGUGACAGUGGAAUCUCUGAGGAUCCUGGCCAUCCAGACAGUCCCCCUGCCCCCAAGCCACCUAGUUCCCCUGCCCUCUAUGAGGUUGUCUAUGAGGCAGGGACCCUGGAGAGGAUGCAGGGGGAUGCUGGGCCAGCUGUAGGGCUCAUCUCCAUCCAACUAGAUCAGUGGAGCCCACCCUUUAUGGUGCCUGAUGCCUGCGUGGUCAGUGAGCUGCCUCCCGAUGUUCAUGCCCACAUCCUGCCCAGAGCAGGCCCUGUAAACUCAGUGCCUCCUGCAGCCCUGCUGCCCUGUCAAACUUUGUUCCUGACAGAAGAGGAGAAGCGUCUGCUGGGACAGGAAGGGGUCUCCCUACCCACUCACCUGCCCCUCACUAAGGCAGAGGAGAGGGUCCUUAAGAAGGUCAGGAGGAAAAUUCGUAACAAGCAGUCAGCUCAGGACAGUCGGCGGCGGAAAAAAGAAUACAUCGAUGGACUAGAGAGCAGGGUGGCUGCCUGUUCUGCACAGAACCAGGAACUACAGAAAAAAGUCCAGGAGCUGGAGAGGCACAACAUCUCCCUGGUGACUCAGCUCCGCCAGCUGAAGAUGCUUAUUGUUCAAACCUCCAACAAAGCUGCCCAGACUAGCACUUGUGUUCUGAUACUUCUUUUCUCCUUGGCUCUCAUCAUCCUGCCCAGUUUCAGCCCCUUUCAGGGCUUACCAGAAGCUGGGCCUGAGGAUUACCAGCCUCAUGGAGUGAUUUCCAGAAACAUCCUGACUCACAAGGACAUGACAGAAAAUCUGGAGAACCCAGUGGUAGAGUCCAGAUUGGAGGGGCCACCUGGGGACAAGGGUGCAAAUGGCUCAAAAAGGACACUGCUUGAGAAGAUGGGAGGGAGGGCAGGAUCCAGCAGGCACAUCAGAACUGUGUUGCAUGCAGAUGAGAUGUGAGCUGUAACACUUCCUGGCCCACUUCCCAAUCACACUAAGGAAUCCAGGGCUCCACUAUGGUUCUGCUUCCUCCUGGGGUUCCUACUCAGGGCUCCUUGGCCUCAGGGGUCUGAAUCACAUCAGGAUGCCCUAGAUGUCUGUACCCCACUGCUCAGUCUGCCUAUGUCAGGGGGCACCUGAAAUACUUUUGUUAUGUAUCUGUGAUUUUAUUUCUUCUCUGGGGAUAGGGUUGAGGGGAAACUGAUGUUUUGGCUGAGAAAUAAACUUUGUU